AUGACGGCGGCGCGCAGCUCGUGCGCACUAGGGGCUAAGGUGGGGGGUUCAGGUACAACAGGAGGGGGGGAUGGAGAUGAUGGAGAGGGGAGCGCGAGAGCAGCGCGGGAUCAAAGCGGGGAGCGGAGACUCGUGCACCUGAACCUGGGGGUGCUGGAAUCCGUCGCUACCGUGGGUACAGGAACAUUUGGGCGGGUGGUGUUGGUGCAGGAUCGGAAAACUAAAAGCUAUUUUGCCUUAAAGUCGAUGAAAAUUGUGGAUUUGAUUCGACUGAAACAACAGCAGCAUGUUCACAAUGAAAAAGAAGUUCUGAUGGAGGUUAAUCACCCAUUCAUCGUCAAACUGUACUGGACAUGGCAUGACGAGCGCUGUCUUUUUAUGUUGAUGGAGUUCAUACCUGGAGGAGAACUGUUUAGCUACCUGCGCAGUCGAGGCAGGUUCACCAAUGAUAUGGGUUUGUUCUUCUCCUCCGAAAUUGUCUGUGCCCUCGAGUACCUCCACUCCAAAAACAUUGUCUACAGAGACCUCAAACCCGAGAACAUCCUGCUGGAUCGCCACGGUCAUGUCAAACUCACUGACUUUGGAUUCUCCAAGAAACUUGUGGACAGAACGUGUACAUUAUGUGGAACUCCGGAGUAUUUGGCACCCGAGAUUAUUCAGGGUAAAGGUCAUGGCCUGGCGGUGGACUGGUGGGCGCUGGGGGUGCUCAUCUUUGAAAUGCUCUCCGGAUAUCCACCAUUUUUUGAUGAUAAUCCUUUUGGUAUUUAUCAGAAGGUUCUUUCUGCCAAACUGAACAUUCCUCACCAGCUCGAUUUCUAUGUCAAAGAUCUGAUCAGGAAGCUGCUGGUCGUUGAUAAAACAAAGCGAUUGGGGAAUCUGAAGGGAGGUGCAGAAGAUGUAAAGAAGCACAAGUGGUUUCAAUCUAUAGACUGGGACAUCGUACCUCAAAGAAAACUAAAGCCUAUCAUAGUACCUGAAGUGGCGCAUGAUGGAGACUCGUCGAAUUUUGAGGUUUAUCCAGAGGAAAAGCGCAGAAAGGAGCCGGCUGUUUCUCAGCAGGACCUGGAAAUUUUUAAGAACUUUUGAAUAUUAAAGCGUAUUUAU